AUGUCAACUCAAAUCCCUUCAGCCCCUCGUCCUUCCACACCACUGAAGACAUCCUACACCUACCACUCUCCAACGCCGACAGCUCCCGGGCCGUACAUCCUCGGUGUCGAUGAAGCCGGUCGUGGUCCAGUUCUGGGGCCUCUUGUUUAUGGAAUCGCAUACUGUCCAGUGUCAUACAAAGAGAAAAUGGAGAAGCUUGGGUUUGCAGAUUCCAAAACGUUGAAUGCGGAGACGCGAUCUUCGCUUCUUGAUAUUCUGAGCUCUGACCCUCCAAACCUGGGGUGGUCUGUCCGUGUCAUCAGUCCUCAAGCGAUUUCGAGCGGAAUGUUACGCCGCCCGCCGACAAACUUGAACCGUCAGUCCGAGGAAGCAACGAUCCUUCUCAUUCGGGAGGUUAUUGCAAAGGGAAUCCAGCUAUCAGAGGUGUAUGUCGAUGCUCUCGGGAACACAACGACGUACGAGAAGUACCUGUCAUCUCUGUUCCCUGGGAUCAGCUUUACGGUUACAAAUAAGGCCGACUCAAAGUUCAAAAUCGUCGGUGCUGCUAGUGUGGCGGCCAAAGUAACACGAGACGCCUGUAUCGAAGGAUGGCAUUUUGAAGAAAGCGAAGGUCAGACAGAAACAAAAUGGAGUUCGGAGCUAGGUUCUGGGUAUCCCUCAGAUCCUAAUACUCAAGCUUGGUUGAAGACAGCCACAGAUCCUGUCUUUGGCUUCCCUCAAAUUGUGCGCUUUUCUUGGACAACCGUAAAGGUUAUCUUGGAAAAGAGCUCCUACGGCGUGAAGUGGACGGACGAAGGUCAAGCAUCGUUGGUGAAAGCAUUCGAGUCUGGAAAAGGGCUCGAGAAAGAUAGAUGUUUGGUGAUGAAAGACCUGUAUAUCAAAAGUAUCGACAGCCUAUGA